UCCUGUUUCAUUCUGACCACCUGCUAAUCAUCUGAUCAACUAUGGAACCCAAGACACCAGCACUGUCCAGCCCUGGUCCUGGUCAUCAACAUUUGCCAGAGGAAUUGCAUGAACUAAAUACAGAGUUUUGUGAUGAAAAUGUAACAUACACAGAAGUCAAAGUUCGUGAUUCUUCAAAUAUUCAGAAGAGAAAACGAACUAGGAUUUGGAAAACAAAAGAGUCUCCAUGGUGCAUUGCUACAGUGACAUUUGCCUUGCUUUAUUUAAUUGCUCUUGCGCUAGCUGCAUUUAUGAUAGCUAAGGUUAAAUGCCUAGAAGACAUUCUGAAUACACAGGAAAACAAUACUGUUGUGGCUGGAUAUUGCAACACAAUAUAGCAAAACAGAGGUAACUGGUUCUUCUCUGAAGAAAACUGAUAUCUUAUUUCUGCUGAAAAUAAGAUCUUGGCAGCAAGGAAAUUGUCCUGAAGCAAUGAGCUCCAGUCUUCUCAAGACAUACAACAAAGAAGAAUUGGAAAUGUAUGGCACAAUAAUCCUUCUUACAUUUUCUUUUCUUUUUUUUUUUUUUUUUGUUUUUUACAUUUUCUUAUACAGAAGGUAAUUAUAGAGACAUUUUAACAUUUUGUGUUCUUUCAAGUAUGCUCAACUCAGCAUAUUGUAAUAAUUGGAGAUCUCUUAAUCAAACCUAAAUAUCAAAAUAUGGGCUUAAAUGGUUAUGUGAUUUUUAAAUUUUAAAUAUAUUUGUACAUAGAAGCAAAUGCUAAUAUACUAAAAUUUCAGACCCUGCUAAAUAAAUGAGAGGAAGCCACAUAGCACAUAUACACUAAAGAGCAUUUAGUCACAAUGAGCACUUAAAAAAUACCUAGUAUUUAUUGAUUACUUCUAAUGUUCCCAAUACUACUUCAGUGUAUCACAUAUUAGAUCAUGUACUGCCCCAAUAAUUCCUACAAAACUGUACUAUUUUUAUGGCUGUCAUAUUAACAAAGAAACAGAGACCCAGAAAGAAUGAGGAAUUUUCCAAAGUUGUAUAGCUAGUAAAAAAUAGAAACAUAAUUUAAGCCAAAAUAGGUUUACUCUAGAGAUUACACAUGGAACCAUUAUGCUAUGCUGACCUCAGAACAAGAAGUCAUGUCAGAUCAAGUUGUAAAAAUAUUGCUUCUUCAGAAAUAGUGAGGGCUGCAGAUUUACAUUUUCCCCACCCAGCUGUAUCUUUCAGAGAGGAACAAAUGAGAAAAAAAACUUUCAAGAAAGAAAUAUUAUACUGGCUCUUUAUAAACAGUAUUUUAUGAAUAUUUUAUACUAAUCAUUCUCUGGAAUAUGGAAAAAAGAGACAAAUAGAAGUGAUAUUUUUCAACUUAGUAGACUCCAGCAAGCUUAAAGAAUAUAGGUCUCCUUUAAUUUUAGUUCUCAUCUACUAUGUGACUGUAUAUUAUUUCUUUUUUUACUGCAUUCAAGUUCUGUUAUUGCCUUUAAUAAAGACUUCAGUCUAUA